AGUAUAAUCUCUGCUCCAGAAAAGCCAACAAAAGCCUUCACUGGCGAGACUGUGUCAUUUAAGUGGCACUACAAUUCAGGAGAUCUAAAGAAUGAUCUUUUCGAGGUGGUGUUUGGUAUUUGGAAGAGUCCUGGGUUCCUGAUGAAGUUGAUAGCUGUCAACUCGAGUGGUUUUGCGUUAAUAAGGUCUUCCCAUAAGUCAUCGGUGGGUUGGGCAGGAAAUUUGACAUCCUCUGUCGCAGUGUUUGAAUUUUACAAUGUAAAACUUAAAGAUGGCAUGAAGUAUGGAAUAUUGGUGGAAUAUGGUCUCCAUCAUAUCCCGUUGACCGACACAGUUCAGCUUCAAGUUAAGUCCAGACGUAAGUAAUAUCGUUCAUGACAGCUCGGACUAUGUUGGCAGUAACUCAAAAUUGUACUUUUGGUUGCUGUGAUUAUGGUUCACUUGCAAGUUUUAAGACGGAGUCCGCUGAAAAGAGGUACAUGCAUGUCUCUUCAAUGAGGGCACCAAUUGAUAAGGUGAUAGGGUCAUUGUUUCUUCUGUCGGGAUCAAAGUUAGAGUUCCUUGACCGGGGGGGGUCCCUGAAUUAUCAGAAGAAAUCGAUAAAGGUAAUUUCUAGUUACAAGUAGUUGCCGGAAGAUUGAUCUAGAUAAUUUUGUUUGCAGCCAUUUCUGAUUUGCCGAGAAUCACAAACGUCAGUAAACCGCCGCCGCUCAGGAAAGGACAGAGCGUGAACCUUAUAUGUAGUGCCCAAGGCUUGUCUCCUGUUCAAGUCAUAUGGAAAAGAAAUGACAAAGUAUUAGUCAGCGGUAUUUUUAAAGCCGUAUUGACCCUAAGAAAUAUCACAGCUGAGGACUGCGGCGAUUACGUUUCUGUCGCUAAAAACUCCGCCGGAGAAGAUACUAGGACCGUUAUCCUACGAGGUAAAUGGUUUCACAUGAUAAUGCUUGCCAGACAGAGUUUCUUAAGAUGAUUCCUCAGAAAAAGUUAUCGAAGAAUUUUUUAAAACUGUCCUUAAAUGUUCCCUACCAAUGUCUGUUUCGAAAAAUACAAUAAAAAAGAUAGGUCAUCGAGCUUGUUUAGGAUAUAUGACGGGCCAAACUUGCCCCAUUUAUGCCUGUACUGGCAUCAAUCACGCGCGUCAUUUCAUAGGUUCACGGUGCAUUUUGCUACACUGCUUUGGUUCCUUCGAAGAUUUUUUUUUGAAUUUCCCCAAGGGGGACUUCUCCAAAGUCAUGCAACAAAAAAUAUGGGUCACCGUCCUUGCUCAAGAGCUGAAGACCAUCGUACCUCUCUACCUGGUCCAUGGAUUGAAAACAAUACCGUGUUCUCGGAAUGCGCGCGCGCUCGUUCCUAUAAUUUCAUGAUUUUUAUGCGCAAUACAGGAUGCGUAGAGCAAUACUGAGGAAUCACCUUAAGAUGAAGCUUCGAGCGUAAGUCCUUCGUCAGAGCCCUUCGUUCUGACUACCGAAAGGUCAGCUUUAGAAACUCCAUAAACGAUGGCCAAUUUAACACAGCAUUAUCAACUCAAUUGAUGAAACCAAAUUAUCUUGUGAAAUCCCUAACUGAGGCAGCUCUACGGUUUCUUUAGAAACUUACCCCCUUUAACGCAAGAUAAACCGACCACCACUGAUCUUGUUAGUCCUUCAAGCAGAUCGCAUAGAAAUUCAAGGAAUUUCCCUAUAAACAAUCUUUGUUAUGUUAACUUUGCAUUCUUCUCAAUGCUCAAAUAUGAAUCCUAAAAUACCUUCUCAUUGAUCACCGGACGAGCUAAUGAAUACACUUUUGACUGUAGCCUUUCAUUCUAUUUCCCCUGGAAUCCCUCAUUAACUACUACAUUUUCCUGCUUGAAACAGUACUUCCGGAAAGUCCAACUAUACUGAAUUCAGACAAAAUAGUGACCAGUCCCAACUGGACGCUACGAUGGUCAGCGGUUGAAAGUGAAGGAGAGCUGCAGGUGACGUAUACAGUUCUGCAAAAACGUGAGGGUGAAGAACAUUGGCUACUGGAAAAUGUUACAGGAAACAAAUUUCAAAUUAGACUUAAGGAUGAUACAUCUUACUCGUUCGUGGUGAAAGCUUGGAACAAAUGUGGAGAGAGUGGGUUGGACAGAGACAAAAUGCUGAACAUAUCCACCGACUUUGAAGACAAAGUUACACAAGGAAACGACAUAUCUCUCAAAGCAGUUCCGACAGGUAGGAAAACAUUGAACCUAUAGACCGGAAGAUUGGUGAAAAAAAAUCAUCAUCACUGUCCUAUGUGUUUCUUCAUAGUCAAAUUACUUUCGGUCAGUAGGUCACAUAAAAGUUUGCGGGUACAUGCUGGCUGCCAUGAGACUCAAUUUUGCUCAUAGGCAUAACUGAUUUAUGUGUAUCUAACCGUUUCAUGGUUAUCGUAGACAAAAAGCCGUAUAAACGGAAAUGACUUUAAAGCCCAGAAAUUGGGUUGUUUUGUAAGAGAAUGGAGAGAGGAACUACGUGACUUAAGUGUCUUGGCCAAGAGCACAGAGCUCGGAGGGGAAAGUAAUGACCGGCUAGGCUCAAACCGUGGACGCGUCAAUCCUGUGAACCAAUCAAAACCUCACCCCAUUUCCUAGAUGUUAAACUAAUUUCAAAUUUAAUUCGACAGAGAGUGAGACUGAACUGACUCCAUUCUCCAGCAGGGGAAAAAAAGAUGUUGAGUCCCCGUGGAAAAUUGAAUUCAUAAUUUUGAUAGCACUGGGCAUCAUUUUUUUAGUGUUAAGUGCAAUCGUGUUAAUGCGAAUAAAAAUUAUCCAAGACAAAGGAGAUGACCAAAGUAAGUAACUUAAAGCGUGCCCUUCGAUUGAAUGUCGUAAGACAAAAACUGUAGUACAUGUUAUAACAGAGGCCAAUCAGAAGAAAGGAUAAUUUUGGACUCGUAUUUAAUGGAGUCAACUAGAGCUCAAAACAAAAACAGGCAAAUUGCCUCUAGAGCAAAAAAACACAAUUCAUUCGAGCCGCCAUUGGUUUUAGUUUUGCAUCUGAUUGGCUGGAGAGUUACUUACAAUCACAGAGCAGAGUGAAGUAAACCAUCACAAUUUAGAUAUUUUUUUCAAUAAUGUAUGCCUUACAGCUUAACCAUCAAUAAUGAUGAAGACGAGGAUAAAGCUUUCAGUCUUUUGAAGACGUGAAAUUACAUUAGAGUAACGAGUCUAACCCUGAGAGUAACAAUUUCCCUAUUUUUCUCUUCAAAACUCCAUAGGACCUCAAGAUUUAAGGAACGGAGGGUAGGCAUUCAGUGGCGAAGUAAUCCUUACGAGGCAAAUUUCAGUAUCUCACAAUCUCUCAUCGACGGGAAAUUGAAGAAAUUUAAUCAUAUAGUUGUUAUUAUUAUAGAUGAUGUUCAACUUUCUCUAAUUUUGUAGAUUCCCUGGAAAAAGUUGAAGUUCAACGAGCUAGAUAUCAAAAACUCUAUGUAUUAAACUCUGUGUCAAUCAAUAUUAUUUUUUCAUUUAUUAGAAUAAGUACUCGCAAUGAAUCAAAAGUUAGGUCGUCGAUGAGUUGAUAAAUAACAAAAACAUGGAUUUUCAAUUUCUGAUAUGCAUUGCUUUUUCAGGUUAACCAUAUUGCAUUUAACUUUACAGGAAAAUUCUGCGUUUGAUCAGGUGGGGAAAGUAUAAUCUGUAUGGUCUCUUUUAGUGUAAACUAAAUCAGCUCAAGGCGUUGAAGGCGCGCCCUGAUUAGCCACUCAAACGCCGAACAUCCCUUGCUAUUCACCUCUGAGCAACUCGCGCGGGAUUUAAGCUCGGAAAUAUUUUAAUCGUUGAAGGAGUAAAUUAGUUAAGAUCAUCUUUUUGUGCUAUUUGGUAUAUACUUAAACAACUAUUUACCUCAUAGUCGGUGGCUAGCGGUGGAUAAUUACCUCACCGCAUCGCAGCUUGGUAAACAUCCACCACUAACGUUCAUCUACCACGAAACUUUCCCCAUUUCUGUGAAUAGUUAUUAGUUACCGUUGGUUUAAUCCAAAUAUUGUUUCACUAUUACUAUUUCCAGUUGCUCUCAUUGCCACAAAAAGGUCGAGUGCUCCAGGAUAGUUUGAUUUUGUCACUCGAGUUGAUAAUGCGAAUUAGCCACCACGAAGAGAUUAAGGUCAGCUUUGUUAGAAUGGCAGAAUUCAGUUCAUGCCAAGAACAAAAACCAAUCCAUACACUGAUCGACCCACCACAAGUACCACCCAGUCCUGAAAAUUAAAGAAUAAGAAUUACUAAACUUUCUGAAAUAAUCUCUUUUACCCUUGACGUAAUCUCAUCGCCUCCAGAGACUUAAGUAUCUAACCUCCAACAACAUCAAUUUAUUGUAUGAUUUAUUUGCAGACUCACGAGGGUUCUUUAGAAAGAGAACCAGUGACGACAGUGGUGACUUCACUGGGACUUUCACGAUCCUCGUUGACGAUAGAACAACCAGUAUCAGCAAUAGUUGCUAACACUAAGGAAGGAAUAGGAGAGACACCCGAUAUGAGCUCCGUUGCUGCUGCAUGCUCAUCUGGUCAGCAGGUCAUGUCUUUUACGAAGUUUUCUUCACCUGAAAAUUAUGAGAGUUCUUUAGAAAGAGAACCAGUGACGACAGUGGUGUCUUCACUGGGACUUUUACAAUCCUCGUUGACGAUAGAGCAACCAGUAUCAGCAGUAGUGGUUAACACUAAGGAAGGAACACGGGAGAGACCCGAUACGAGCUCCGUUGCUGCUGCAUGCUCAUCUGGUAAGCAGGUCAUGUCUUGUACAAAGUUUUCUUCGCGUGAAAGUUAUGAGGUGUUGCACAACUCCACUGUAGUGAACGCCCAAGUUGUUACAGCUCCAAAUGCAGGGAAUGAAAAGAUUGUCCGAGUUCAAGAGGAAACGACAGUCCGACGUCUUGACACGUUCAGAGAGAACCAACCUCCGAUUAAAACAACUGAAGGAGUGAAUCAUUCAUUCAUUGAAUUCAUUGAAUCUUUAUUAAGUCAUAAGAUAAAUAAUCACAUAUCCUAUGUUACAACAUUAAAAGAAGGUAUAUAUAUAAAUUACAGAGAAAAUCAAGAUAAAAAUUAUAAGACUAGAUUAUGUUUAAAAAUUAAGCGAUUAACAAACGUGUUUUUGAACCUAUCAGUGUUUAUUUUAGGAUGGUGACUUGUCUCUUUCCUCAGAUUGUACUUGGUUAAUUUCUUUUUUGGCAUUAUAGCUCUUAAAGGGUGUAUUGUAUUAUUAAAAACAUUCUUGAAGAUACGCGUGUCCUGUUGAACUAACAAUUCAUAAACAUUAAUGUGAUCGGAUGUAUACUUGCGCUUAUAACAUCGAUCUAAGAAACAUUGGAUUGUUGUUAAUUCGGAAUUUACAGCGCCAAAUACGGACAACCCGUAUAAUAUAUUUGGUAGAACCAGAUUUAGAAACAGAUGGUCUAUUUCGGCCUGAUUGUACCCUUCUUUCCUUAAAGAUCUUAAAAUGAACAGGCACUUGUUUGCUUUAAUUAGUUUUUCCCGAAUAUGUGUUAUGAACCUACUGUCUUCCUGAAAUGUUACCCCUAAAAUAGUAAGCUCUUUUGUCUGUGGUAUUCCAGACACCAUCGGAAACUCUAUUGUACAACCUUUCUUGCGGAAAAUGAUUUCCUUGCACUUAGAUGGAUUGCUACACAUACCAUUACUUCUAGACCACUGGGAAAACUGAUUAAUCAGUGCGAUAGAAUUGUCAUUAUCACCUAUCACAGGCGAGAUAAUGGUUGUAUCAUCUGCAUAUUUUACCAGCACGCUCUUAUUGUCCAAGUGUAUCUCUAAAUCACUGAGAAAGACAUUGAACAAGUGCGGCCCGCUGACACUUCCUUGGGUGGUACCUUUGUUGACACUUUUCCAUUUUCCAAUAAACCCAUUUCUAAUGACUCUCUGCUGCCUGUCUUCCAAAAAGCUUAGAUACCAGUUAACUAUAAAAGGAUUUAGGGGAGUUGCUUCAAUUUGUGUGAGAGAGGAGAUCGUGUUUCACACUAUCAAAAGCCUUGCUGAAAUCCAUAGCGAAUAGGCGUACCGCUUUUGCACUCUGGGAUAUCAAGAUAUUGAUUGACAGUAUGUUGGAUAGUCAGUAGAGCAUUGGUACAGCUCCUCCCUCUAUGUAUGCAAACUGUGAGAUCCCAGAAUGUUCAUCGAAGGUCUCCCUUGCGUGUGUUCCUAAGACAGCUUUCUCAAAGCACCUUGCGAUGACAGGUGUCACAUUUAUUCCGCGGAAGUCUGAUAUUCCCUUAGGUAUAUCAACCUUCGGCAAGGGGUACAGGUCUGACUUUUUCCAAGAGACAGGCCAGGCGUGUGUUCUAAGAGACAGAUUCCAAAUCCAGGUGAUCACUGGAACGAAUAGCUCGGCGUGGUCUUUCCAUAUAGUAUACGGGAUGCCAUCUGGUCCGGUUGCUGUUUUCUUUAUACGCAUAAGAGAAUUCAGGACUUGUCGCUCUGAGAUUUCUGGGACUUCCUGAUCUUCACUAAUCUCCAGAGGUGUUGGCUUUCUGUAGGCGUGGUCAGUACAUAGGUCACCAAAGUAGUCAUUUAACGCGUUGAGUUCGUAGUGGCCAAGAGAUAGAGAAAUCACCGGCUUGCGGCGCUGAGAUGUUUUAUCCACUUUUUUCCACCAAUCCCGAGUUCCAAUAGAGGCGAUAAAGUCCCUUCUGUUUCUGAAAAUCACUUCAGAGAUCCUUUUAUUCAUAACUUUAAGACGGUCUAGAUUACUGAGUGAUAUGCGUGAUUUGGCUCGUAUCAUCGAUCGAACGAGCGGAGUCAUCCAGCCGGGUCUCUUGAAGACAUGCGCACUGUUUUCAGAGGCAUGCAGCUAUCCAGGUGCCCUAGGAUGGUAUUUUCGAGCCUACCAACCACUUCAUCGACAUCAGUUUCCUGUAUCAUAUCAUCCCAGUUUUCCUUCGCCAACGCGAUAUACAGAUCACGCUUUCUAUGAGCCCUUUGGUCACGCACGUAUACUUUACGGCGGAUAGGUGGAAGCUUUAUACCGGGUGGUAAAAUAACUCCCAUGUGAUCCGUCUUGGAGAGCAUGUGAAAGGGAUAGCACUUUGAAAAGAGAUCCGUGCGGUUCGUGAAACAGUUGUCCAAACAAGAAUUCCCUCUGGUGGGGAAAUUAACCAGAGCAUUCCAACCAGACAUUUCUUCGAAGCGUUUGAUAUCCAGUUUGUUGACAUCGCCACCGCACAACACAACUGUUUGUGGAUGUUUGUCUAGUAUAUUAUCCACGGUAUUUACAAGAUGAUUCAUUAGAUCGAUCUCUGCAUAAUUAAAUUUUGGGGGAUGAUAAAUUCCACAUAUUACAAAUCGAUGUCCCUUGGGAAGUCGCAGAGUUAUACAAAUUAAUUCAUAAAGACUAGAGCGGUAAACAUCCUCUACUGCAAGAUUGUUCCUGAUGUAUAUAGCAAUCCCACCCUUAUUGCGCAUAUCUCUGCCAUUCCAAUUUCUGUCUCUACGAAAGAUGGAAUAGUUCUCAAUAUUUACAAUCGCAUCCGGUUGUGCCGGUUUGAGGUGUGUUUCCGAUACGACACAAACAUCAAUAUCUUUAGAUCGCAAGUCAGCCUCAAGUCCAACCGCCGCACGCACUUUGUUCUUAGUUUUUUGCGAGACUGCAAAUAUUGAUGAACAUACACUUGGGAACGGCAAACUCCGAGCAAUCGGUAGAUGAUUUAGUAGGCUCUCGAGGAAUAGCUGUAAGAUAUCUGUUCUUAGCGGGAUCUUGGAAGCGAUAAGGUCUAGCAAACCGCCGGGUUUUAACAACUUCAAUGGGUCGACAUCUGUCGGAGUGUUGCGAUGCAGGGAUAUUUUUAGUAAUUUUCCCCAAUCUUCGUAAUCCCGGACCUCUGUAUUUCAGAAUUCCCAGGGAUUUAAGGGUAUCGAAAACAUGAGGCGCAGGUCGGCCCGCCGAACGUCUCAGCGAAAGUAGCCUGUCACGAUUGUGAGAGCAAUGGAUUCUGACUGACCCAAUUGCAGGUUGACAAGCAGAGUCCGAGGAGUUGGAGCUCUGUUUUCGUUUACCGUGGUCAUUAUCCACUUCUUCAGGUCCAGGAUGUGGAUGGACAUCCAUAUUAACAGUAAUGUCGAGCACAACAAACUUCUCAGGGGCGGCCAGGAAGACCAUGCCUCGACUGUCCCAUUUCACCAUAGCCCUUCUUACCCGGAGAUUUCGAGACCGGGAUACUCUCAGCUCAAAUCUAGCCAUCCAACUAAUGCAUCUUGAUGUUAAAGAUUGAUUUCGAUAAGCUCUUUCGACUGUUAUCAUAGUUAUGAAGGUAAAAAUAUAGAAAACUGCAAGAGCUCUAAAGAGCGUGGCAGCCAUAUUGGCAUGCAUAUAUUAUCAAAAAUCAUUCAGAAGAUUACUUGCAACUGGUGGAACACUUACAACCUGCGUUUCAUAACAGAAAUAACUCCAAAUGUUUUCGAGGAAGGAUACAAACCUUGCCCCAAGGUCGUCCUGUACCUAAGCCCAGAGGAAAAUCGUCCACGUUUGGAGGAAUGACUUUAACUUCACGAUUAUGUGAUAGUCAACGUGCAGGUGUCGAACGAGUUAACCAAUCAAGGUUCUGCACUCCUCAUCCAAGAGCUCUACACGAAAAACACAGUUAUCAGAAUGAUAGAUGUGCAGGAACCCCACAAGAGAGCCCAAGAUAUCCACGAUCAGUGUUAGCUUCUACUUCCAGGAAGGAGUCACCAUACACAAAAGUGCAGAGCAACACCAACUGGGAAGUUCCCGGCGAACGCUUGAGACUACAUAAAAGGAUCGGUGGUGGAACAUUCGGUCAAGUGUGGGAAGGUGCGGUGUUGGAUGUGCGAGGCACUCAAGGCUGGUCUAUUGUGGCUGUUAAGAUGCUAAAGGGUAUGUGUUACUGCUAACAAAAUAUAAAAAUGCCUAUAAAUCCGUACUGACUAUCGACAGCUUUUAAUGCGAAAGGAUGGAGCGUUACAUCUAAUACCUCAUAGCGGCGCUUGCUUGCACUGCUAAAAAAUCUUAGAUUCGUAAGUGAUGUUUUCUCUGAGAUAACUAAUCUAGGACUGGGAAACGUUACAUAAUCAUGCAGUUUCUACUUUCACUUUCUCUGACACAUAAAAACACAUGUGACCAUUUAAAACCAAAGGGAUAAUGUUACAUAAAAACUACUAAAAAGUUAAGAUUCAGCUCCGUUUUCUAAUGAGUAAGGAGUUCGUAGCAUGUGCUGCUGGAUCAUCAGUAAUAAGAAUUGAUAAAGGCACAUUUUAAUGCAAGCAAUACUUCUUCAAAAAGAAGGAAAGAGUUUUGUGUCGUAUCAGUAAGUAAAUGAGGAGGUCGCAACUUAAUCGGGGAACUCUUUACUUGUGUGUAAGGAUACGCUACGUAUUUAAAGCCUCACAGCAAAAACUUUAAAAAAAUUAUUUGGACCAAGUUUUUUGGAGGAGCGAAUGAACAAGAUUUAGUUAGAAAUAGUGUAACUAAAGUUUUCAUGACCUUCGCUGUUGCAGAAAAUUCCUCGAAGUCGGAUCGAAUGGAUUUGUUGUCAGAGCUGGACCUGUUGAAAAAACUUAAACCUCAUCCUAACGUAAUACAAUUGUUGGGCUGCUUGACAAAAGACGUAGUCCGAUGUAAAGGAGGGCGAGAAUUUAGUGAGUUGGAUUAUUUCAGUCUACCCUAAAUGCGCAAAGUAAACAGUCGGAAGGAAAAUGCCGGUCUACGUUGUGUCAAAACUGAAAAAUGUGCACCCCGAAGAGAAUUGAUUUCCUUGUUUGCUAUUGUUGCUUGUUUGUGUGUUUGGUUUUUUCUUCAUAACCACAUCCCAAUAGCGUUUGUCGACGGGGUGAGGGAAGGAUGAUCGUUUUUACCUCAGGUAUUGUUGUUUCAAAAACCAGAGCUCAUCAGUAAUCACAAAAUAAAUUUUAUUAGCGGCUUAAUGUAGUCAUUUGACGGCUAGAGUCACAAAAUAAUCCAUCUUUGUCUACUUCAGAACGUUAUUGCAUAACUUUAACUCCAACGAUUCAUUUUCUUUGCAUAUUUAGGGCCGCCGCUUGUUAUCCUGGAGUUUGUCUCUCAUGGUGAUCUCCUUGGGUAUCUGAAGAAAAGUAGAGGCGAAACAGAUGACUACUACGACGUUAAAUGCGCAGAAACUUCAUCGAAAAUACCAACAGAACAACUUUAUAAAUUCGCUUGUGAUAUUGCCCGGGGAAUGGCGUUCAUAUCGGUUCACUAGGUGUGGUAUUUCAAUUAAUCUGUUCUAUUUUUACGACACGUGAUAUAUUUAAAAAUUACUUAGCGAUAUAUUUAACAAUUAAAUAUCUAACGCCAGCCACUGCAACUGAAAUGAAAAGUUGUGUAAGUGUAAACUAAAACACUGAGAUAAUUAACAUAGCACAAAAGAUGAUUUUAUCUCAUUUAUUCCUGCAACGAUUACAAUAUUUUCGGGCUUAAGUCCAGCGCGAGUUGCUCGGAGGUGAAUAGCAAAGGCUAUUUGGAGUUUGAGAAGCCAAUCAGAACGCGUCUUCAACACUAUCCACGGUUUUAGCAUAUACUAAACUCAAGUAUGCACUUUUUCCAGGCGCGAUAUUUCAAUUUUUAUACUUCUAGCUUACAUACCAACAGACAUUUACUCGUGUUAAUAACGCUUAAGAGGAAACUAACUUGAAACUAACUAAGUUGGACAAACACAAAGUUACGAAUUAAGAAUAAGAGGUGCAAGUGUAAAAUUGGAAAUACAACAGUUCAAACUGAACUGCGAAAUCCCUCGUGGAGGUCAAUUCUCAAUGAAUAACGAUAAUUCAAAACGAUGGUGAUGAGAAAUUUACUACACGAGGUUAAACACAGGGAGAAAUAUUAUUCAUCAAAUUGUUUGUUCACUCGUAGUUCGUUCGCCGAGACUCAGCAGCGAGGAACGUGUUGGUUGGCGAGGGUCUGCGCUGUAAAAUCACUGACUUUGGAAUGGCGAGAGAUCUUGGCAAAGAUAAAAUUUAUGUUAGGAGGUCCAAUGUAAGUAAGCAUGCACCUACUAACAGGUUCGGUGAGUGCGCACUGCUUCCCACCACCCCACUCUCCCGCGACCUUUAAAAUUCAUUGCUUCUCAGACUUGAUCACAUUGACCCUGGUGUCUCAGACUUGAGGAACUUAAAACUUUAUUGACAACUGAACUCACAAAACACUUAUUCUGGUUUUAUACCGAAGGUGAUUAAAUUGUUAUUGCGUUAUUUUACAGGGAGUUGUACCAGUGAAGUGGAUGGCAGUUGAAUCACUAACAAAACAAAUUUUUACCGCAGAAAGUGAUGUGUAAGUAGAUUGAUAAGCUUGAAUUAAAAGUGAUAUCACUUUCCCAAAUGGAUAUUUACUCAGCGCAUUUCUUAAGAAUUCAAUGUCUCUUUAACGUGAAAUCAAAUCUUCAUGCUUCCCAUCCGACUGUUUCCUGCUGAGUAGUUACCUGAUCAGGUAUGAAAGCGAGGAAAGUUCCUUGGGUACGAUAGAUUUUUCGAUAGUCUACAUUACAUGAGACUCUUCGAAAACCAAAAAUAGUGAUAAUCACGUGAGACAGAUAGCGGUAAUAUGAUAUACGAAGUACUUUUUUGUCUUUCUUUUUGUCUUUCCCUUUUUCAGGUGGAGUUAUGGCAUCGUCCUACAUGAGAUAUUCACACUCGGUAAGUAGAAAUUUUCUAGGUUUUUGGGAGACUUGAGGUUAUUUGGACUCCAAUUUCAAGCGUCGUCAAUUUUUUUUCGGAGUAAAAACAGUAAGAUGGCGGAGAAAGCCAGAGGAUGACACGAUAUCAACUUAACUAGGUCACCUCUUUUCGAGGAGACCGGACAAUCACCCGUGUCGUGAGCUAAUUAUAGACUGUUAAACAGGAAUUUCAAGUGCGAUCGUGAAGGGGCUGGUAUCGAACCUGUUAACAGAAAGUAUGACUGUGAUCAUUCGGGAAUAGUAGUUCCUUUUCAGAACUACCAUAUCCCAGACGAGUAGACUAUACAAUCAACUGCUGCUUUAGGUUUCAAACCUUUCACUCUACUGAAAAGAAAAUUUGCAAGUCUGUUAUCACUCAGCGCCAUCUUUUCUACACAAUCUUUUUUUUUCAGCUUUCUGGGAGCUGACAUCUCUUAAGGUCUUCGAAGAAAUGCUAACUUGAGUGAGCCGAGAAUUGUACGUAAAAUCACGUUCCAUCUACAUUCACACUUAUGAAUAGGCCUUAGUUACAAUUUGCGUUAAAGAACGCUUUUGGAUUAAAUAUCUUAAAAAAUAAUAAUAAUAAUCAUUGGCUUAUCAGAAGAAAGAAAAUAUCUCAAAGAGCUAACCAGAUCUCAAAGUAAAAACGAGCAAACUGCCGAAAGCGCGGGAAAACGCGGGUGAUGAAUUCCUGAUUGUCUUCAGUUUGUAUUUGAUUGGUUGAGAGAGAGGCGCAAUUUUUCUGGACCAAUCAAAUAGCAAAGAAAAGCAAAACCAGUACAAUCCGGAUUACUUUCGACAAUCAAUUGAAAAUUGCUGUAUUAAAAGCUAUAGUUGAUGAGGUGCGUUGCCUUCAUGUAAAUAAUUUUCCAAAAGGUUCUACUAACCUAAGGAAUAGAUCUCUAUUUUACCUUGCGUUCGUAUCAUUAAGGCUCAUCGCCACACAUGUCAUUAUAAUGACGGGUUUUGGCCCAACGAUUGAAAUUUUGUCAUACCAUUUGUUUUUUACUAAGCGGCUGGUUACAUCGAGGCUUGGUGAGAAAAGACUGACUCAUGACUUCACAAAUGUUUUUAAUUGGUCACGUCUGUGUCAACCAUGAGCUUGCAAAUCACAAAUUUUCCCUAAUGUAUCUCGCGAAAACUGAUCAUAGAAGGAGAAAGUUGUCAUCUUGACAACAUGAUCACUUGAUUCUCACAGGUAUAAAUUGAUGCUUCAGUGCUGGGACCAAGAGCCAUCCAGGCGACCGACAUUCGAUUCAAUCACGUCGUGGAUGGAAACUUAA